GAUUUGGAGGAAUGUUGUGAAAUAAAAGUACAAUCAAAUACUUGCAAAAGAGAAAUGUGAGAAAUCCGCUUAAAAUGCUUUAACAUUCCAAGUGGAAACAAUUUUCAGUUAAAUUGUUAAAUAAUAUAUAAAUAAUUGUAAGUUAAAGUGAAUUUUGUUAGAAGCUGUACAAAUAAGUGAUUCUUUAAUUAAAUACAAAAAUGGACGUAUUAAAAAUAUUCGGCAUCAUCUUCUUGCAUGCUUCGCCUUCACAAUCCCAAGAAUGUUCCCCGUGUUCCUGCUGCAAACCAGGAACGGGAUGCUCCUAUAACGCUCAACUCGGGAUAGACACCUACUGCUGGGGAGGGUGUAAGGAUGGAUACAUAAGACCUCAGUGCCAGAAACCCUGUGUUUACAAACAUUGUAAGACAUGUUCAACAGGGUCUACAUGUGAUACAUGUUAUGAUGGGUAUUACGGCGACACAUGUAAAAGCUUAUGUCCCAGUACGUGUACCACGUGUAUCUUUAGUACAGUAUGUACCUCCUGCAAGGACGGGUUUUACAGCGGAUCGACGACCUCGUGUUUAUAUCAGUGUAAACCAAACUGUUUAUCUUGCACCAAUGGUACAUCUUGUACAGUAUGUGGUGUGCGUGAUAAUAUUGGAUACUAUGGAAGUGAUUGCUCAAUGAUAUGCAGUAACAAGUGCAAAGACAGCUUAUGCGAUAUAUUUGGAAACUGUUUUCAGUGUGCUGACCCUAACUUUAAAGGUGAUAAUUGUGAUAGAUGUAUUGACGGCAAAUAUGGAAGUCAGUGUAAGAAUAAUUGUCCUGUAAAUUGUCUAUCGUGCGAAUCUGCCACUAACUGUACUUCAUGUACAGACGGAUUUAAGGAUAUCACGUGCUCAAUGAAGACGGAAUGCCCAGAUAAUUGUAAUCUUUUUUGUUUAAGCAAUGGUAAAUGUGAAUCAUGUAAAGACGGAUUAUAUGGCGAAUAUUGCAAUAUGACCUGUUCACAAAAUUGCAGGUAUGGGUACUGCAAUCAAGACGGGUCUUGUAAAGUAGGUUGUGAGGACGGGUUUAAUGGCUCAAGGUGUGAACAAAGGAUUUGCCCACCGAACUGCAACUGUGAUACCAGCAACAACUGUAUAGGAUGUAAUAGUAAUUAUUUUGGGCCUUCAUGUUCUCUAACCUGUAAUACAUGUAAAGAUAAUUUAUGCCCUGUAGAUCGUUUAAAUGCAGGGAAAUGUGACGAAUGUGCAGACGGGACGUAUGGUAAUCUCUGUAACGAAAGGUGUGCGGAAAAUUGUUUAAAUGAUAGCUGCGAUCAAGACAGUGGGACUUGUACCUGCGAAAAUGAAUACAAUUUUCAGGAUAGUACAUGUGUCCGUAUUAUAUGCCCAGCUAACUGUUACACAUGUACUUCGUCUAAUAAUUGUAAUGCCUGUGUUGAUGAGCAUUAUUACGGAGAUACCUGUGAGCACGAAUGUAACAAGUGCAGGUCAGAAACAACCUGCAGGAAAAGUGAUGGUUACUGUCAGACUGAAUGUGCAGACGGUUUAAGUGGUGAUACUUGUGAUACUCCUUGCAAUGAUGGAUGCGCUAGAUGUAAACGUAACCAAACUCAUAAAUGCUUGACAUGUCAAACUGGAAGACAUGGCUAUGAUGGAUCAUACUACACAUGCCGUAACACUUGCAAUAAUUCAUGUGUGAACAAGUCUUGUGACGCUUCGAAUGGCAAAUGUGACACAGGCUGUAUAGAUGGAUAUUCGGGACCGUUUUGUAACAUUGCGUGUCCACUCAAUUGCAAGUCGUGUCAUCAAGACAACGGCAAAUGUGAUGUGUGCGAAUAUGAUUAUUGGGGCGAAUACUGCGUAAACAAUUGCAGCGAAAACUGUACGCAUAAAAACGAGUCAUUGUCAAGCUGUGACAUAACAUCUGGUGAAUGCAAACAUGGAUGCUCACAUGGGACUCACGGCUUACGCUGCAAUAUUAAAUGUGACCAAAAUUGUAUCACUUCCGGAAAAGGGGUUCGUGAGUGUAGGCAGACGGACGGUCAGUGUACACUAGGAUGUGAGACCGGAUAUAAGCUGACAAAUAACGGAUGCGUAGAAGAAAUUGUGGCUGACAAUGAUGAUAGUAACGGCGCUGUGAUGGCAGGCGUUACGGGAGGAGUGAUUGCUCUUCUAUCGGUUUCGCUUGCUCUUUCUGUUGGUUAUAUUGUGUACAUGAAAAGACGUCAAACUAGAGAACACCCGGAGAAACAAUCAGCUACAGACUCAAGAGCUGACGAAGGAGCUCGAACAUACGAACAGUUACAAGAACGUACGGAACAACCAAACUAUCAAAAUGUCCAGGAUAACGGCACUGACAAUUAUUCCGUGUUGUUUGCUGAUACAAACAUGUGAUCCUUAUUUCUUUUUGUAUAAUUUACACAACGUUCCAUUAGAUGUCAUUUGUUAUAGCGUAUAGUGUUAUAGUGUAAAAGAUGAUGAAAAUAUUAGUGAUUCUGAAUAUAAUCUCAGGUACAUGUGUCAUUCGGAACUCCUCGGCCAUUUUUUUCAAAAACAACCUCAGAUGUAUGCAGGUACAUCAGUUGAAGUAGUUCGUAAAAAUUUGAAUUAUAUCAUUAAUUAAUUGUAAUGUUUUAGAGUUGUAUUUAUUGAUCUUAGUUUAAAUUGAUUGCCAUUGAAUUGUAUUAUUGCAAACAUAAUUAAGAAUCCCAAGAGUUAAGUCACAAAGUUUAACUGCUAAAUAAAAUUACUACGCGAUCUACUUGCAGCGGACUUAAACGUACCACUAUUUGAGUAUGUAAACCGUCCAAAUACAUCCGAGGUUGUUUUCGAUAAAAUGGCCGAGGAGCUCCGAAUGGUACAUGUGUAUUACGUGGAUUUAAAAUGUGAUUUAGAUCCUAGAUUAUCAUACAUAAGUGUGAUCGUACUUUGGCAUACUCGUUUUCUUCUUGCACUAUGCAUAUAGACAUUCAUGUAUUCGAAUAUGUGUUUUAUUAAAUAAAUUUGUUUUUCGC